AUUCUCUUCGAUGGUUUCGCUCAGACUCAGAUGAACUACCGGAAGCAAUUGUUAAUGAAAUAUGUAAACGUGGCACUUGACAAACGAACUUUUCGUUUGUUUCAUCUUGAGUGAAGUUGUUAUUUUGAUUGAAGAAUGUCUCUGAGAAGAAAUGAUAUUUUAUUUCUGUUUGAUAUUGAUGGGACUUUAACUCUUCCUCGAAAGGUGAUUACUUUGGAGAUGAAAAAUUUUUUAGCAAAACUUCGUGGUACAGUUGAUGUUGGACUGGUUGGUGGUUCUGAUUAUGCUAAAGCACAAGAGCAACUUGGUGGAGGGGAAAUUUAUAAAGACUAUGACUAUGUCUUCACUGAAAAUGGUUUGGUAGCAUACAAACGUGGACAACUCUGCUCCUCACAGACUAUAAAAGCGUAUAUCGGCGAAGAAAAACUUCAGAAGUUCAUCAAUUUCUGUCUGAAGUAUAUAUCUGAACUGAACAUCCCUGUUAAACGUGGGACAUUUAUCGAAUUCCGCAAUGGUUUAAUUAAUGUCUCUCCGAUCGGCCGUAACUGCUCGCAAGAUGAACGUGUUGAAUUUGAAAAAUAUGACAAGGUUCAUAACAUUCGAAAGGACUUCGUCAGCCUGCUGCAGAAAGAGUUUGCUGAUUUCAACUUGAAGUUUUCCAUUGGUGGCCAGAUAAGUUUUGACGUCUUUCCUAUCGGUUGGGAUAAGACGUACUGCUUGAAUCAUCUCGCCGAUGAAGAAUACAAAGAAGUACAUUUCUUUGGAGAUAAAACUUGGGAGGGUGGAAACGAUUAUGAAAUAUUCGUGGACAAAAGAACCAUAGGUCAUACCGUGAAAAGCCCGUCGGAAACACUGGAAAUUUUAGAAAAAUAUAUUGCCAAUGGUUCAUUCAGUUAAGCAAACGUUCACCCGUUAUUUUAGGUAGAACAUAUAAAUUAUUGAAUACACACAAAUAUGUGUCAUUAAAUCGUAAAUAAAUUACGUCGGAGAGCUGUCAUAAAAAUGCUCUGGGUUUAGAAGACACACAUCGCAAAAAGCUUUGUUUUGUGACAAAACAAAAGUGGGUUGCCAGCCACAUCCCCUACUUUGACAUGGGUAGAUCUACUUCAGGCUUCAAGUUUUGCUUACAACAAUCUACCAACAGUCUUAUCAAAUAGAAAAACUUCAAUAACAACUCUAAUAACAAGACUCCAGCAAUAACUCUAACUAAAUUUUAUCUUUAUCUAUACUAAUGGCUAUGAUUACGUAUUUUGGUUUUCAUUUAAUGAAGCAUUUCAUAACGAGCAUGGUAGAAUUGGACAUAACUUUUAGUAUUUCUUUCUGUUUUAUCCUAAUUACGUAUAUUUAACUGGUAAUAAGAAGGGCAAAGUGCAUUGAUGAAGAGAAGGAAUAAAUAUUUUGUUAUUUAAAAAAA